AUGUCGAAGGCUUUGAUUCGUAAGGCAAAAAAUGUCGUGAAUGGGUACUCUUCUAUGCAAGUUUUGGUGCGUGAAGCGACUUCAAAUGACCCUAACGGCCCCUCAUUAGAUUUGAUGGAUGAAAUUUCGGAGCGAUCCUACGACAGCGUGGAGUUCUUUGAGCUGAUGGAUAUGCUAGACAAGCGAUUGAACGAUAAGGGUAAAAACUGGCGCCAUGUGGCUAAAUCGUUGACGGUGCUAGAUUAUUUGGUGAGGUCAGGCUCCGAGAAUUGUGUUUUGUGGUGUAAAGAAAACCUGUAUGUGAUUAAGACACUUCGGGAAUUUAUGCACGAGGACGAGCUUGGGAAUGAUCAAGGUCAGAUUGUGCGUGUCAAGGCAAAGGAGCUGACUUCACUGCUUCUGGACGAAGAGCGCCUGCGUGAAGAACGCGAAAUGCGCCGGAAGAAGAGAAAGAGCAGACGCCGCAGAGACCCAGAUACGUUCGACGAUGAUUUGCAGCGCGCGCUCGAAGAAAGCAGGCUCACUGCCGAACAGGAGGAACAAGAACGCAGAAUGCGCAUGGGGGAGAUGGCCGAUGAUGAGGACGACCUACAAACCGCAUUACAGCUCAGCAAAGAGGAGGAAGAGUUGCGCAGACUCAGAGAGCUGCAACAGCAGCAACAAUUGCAGCAGGCGCAGGCGCAAAUGUUCCCACAACAGCAGCAAGCUAUGUAUUACGAUAUCUUUGGAAACCCCAUCUCUGCUGAAGAAUACAUGCAGUAUCAGCAGCAGCUUGCGGAGCAGCAGUAUCAGCAGCAGCAAUAUCAACAAUUAGCCCAACAGCAAGCCCUUGCUGCACAACAGCAGUAUUUGGCAGAACAACAAGCUCUUGCCCAGCAACAGGCCUUCGCCCAGCAACAGUAUAUGCAGCAGCAGUUUACUCAACAACCUUUGGCCACUGGCUCCAAUAAUCCAUUCGCAUUGGGUUCUCAGGGCAAAACUGGAAACGCAGCUCCUAAGCCUGCCGCUACCAGCCCAGCUAUCUCUGCCCCUGCUCCUGCUCCUGCUCCUGCCGUCUCAUCUCCUCAGAAGCCCUUAACACAAACGAGAACCGGUAAUCAAUCCAUCACAGAUAAGUACAGCGCUCUCAAUACCCUCCUAGCAACUGGUACUGGUAUUGACACCUUUGGUAACACUGGUGAUACGCGUGUUCCAGCACAACACACAAAGACAGGUAAUUUCAUCAAUUCUCAAGGUACAGGUUACAGACAAGUUGGUGACCAACCAAAGCAUAAUCCCUUCUUGGGCACACAGUACACUGGUCUACCCAGCUCUAGUAUCGUUCCUUCCUACACAGGUUAUGGAUUCGGUAAUCAAGGUGGACAGACGCAGCAGAGCAAUAACCAGCAAAAUAACGCCGAUCAGGGUUUUAGUUUGAUCGAUCUAUAA